AUGGAUAAUAAUUUUUUUGGAGACAACUUUGUCAAUAAAAAUGGCCCAUGCAAAAUCAAAUUGUCAGACAUGAAAGUUGUAGUUCUAUACUUUUGUGCAAGUUGGUGCCCUCCUUGUGUGAACUUUACACCUACUCUUGUUGAGUUUUAUAAUGAUGUGAAUUUGGAAACCAAAUAGCUAGAAAUUAUUUGGAUAUCUUAUGAGGAAUCAGAAGGUCAAUUCAAAAAGUAUCUAGAAGAGAUGCCUUGGCCAGCCAUCCCUUAUAAUGAUAAGAGAAUCUAGUAACUGGUAGAUAAAUAUGAAAUUAAAGGAAUUCCUACAGUGACCGUAUUAAGGAAAAAUGGAGACAUAGCAAAGAAGAAUGGGAAAUAGGAUAUUCUAAAAGAAGGUGAAGGGGCUUAUAAUUUAUGGGAAUAAAUAGUGAAUAGUGAGUGA